AAAGGAGCUCAGUUAAAGUUGUAUCCUUGAAGACGAUUCAUACUCGAUACUCGUACUCCAGUCUCGCCAAGGAAGCUGAACGUACCAUAUUUUCAAAAUGAAGUUCUUUAUUUUCUGUCUGGUUGCUCUGUUUGCCAUAGCCUCGGCGCGUCCCCAGUUUGGAUUCGGUGGAUUUGGAGGCGGGCUUGAGCAGCAACAACAGCAGGGCGGCUUUGGACCAGGUUUUGGUGGUUUCGGUUCCUUCGGACAGCAGCAGCAGCAGGAGAGUUUUGGCGGAAAUGGAAACUUUGGACAGCAGCAGCAGGAAAGUUUCGCCGGAAAUGGAAACUUUGGCCAGCAGCAACAAGAAUUUGGUGGUUUCGGCGGUUUUUACGGUUAAAUACUGAAGAACUGAUCAUUAAUGUAACAAAUAAGCUUAUUAAAAAACGGAAUGUAAACUUA